AUGACCUAUAAGGUUCCCUCUGGGCCGCAGGGCGCGAAUCUACAGGGCGCGUCGGCGCUCAUGCUUACCGAAGUUCAUCUCCUGGAAGCAGCACCUCCGGUCUCCGACACGGUCACACCAGAACUGCCCUACUACGCCUUUGUCCACUAUCCACCCGCGGAAGGCGACAUUCACGCUAAGGCGACGUAUGCUUGGAGGGACACGGGCCUCCCCGACGGCGAGACCCCUGGCGCCAGCUCGGUCGCGCUGCUUUUGUGUGUUGCAGGCGCCUGGGGCCUGAAGCUGCUGGAGGCACGCAUCCCGUCGUACGUGGUCCGCAACCAGAGCGUGACGCACCAGUGCCUGUUCGACCUGGAGGGCGAGGCGCUCUACUCGGUCAAAUGGUACAAGGACGGCCGCGAGUUCUACCGCUACGUGCCCCGGGACGCGCCGCCAGCCCAGCUCUUCCCGCUUGCGGGGGUCACCGUAGACAUGGAGAGCUCCAACGCCAGCCAGGUGGUGUACAAGACGGUGGGACUGGGCAGCUCCGGCCGCUACCGCUGCGAGGUGUCCGGGGAGGCGCCCUCCUUCCAGACCGUCACGGACCACGGGGACAUGGUCGUCGUCGCUCUGCCGGAGGAUGGCCCAGUGAUCACGGGCGCGCGGGCCCGCUACCACGUGGGCGACACGGUGCACCUCAACUGCACUUCCGGCCGUUCCAGACCUCCCGCGGAACUCACGUGGUUCGUCAACGGCGAACAGGCGAAUUCCAGCGUUCUGGUGGGCCCCGAGGUGGUGGGCCCGGCUGACGCGGAAGGCCUGGUGUCGGCACGGCUGGGACUGCACUUCCGGUCGCAGGCGGCGCACUUCCGGCACGGCGGCUCGAUGAAGCUCAAGUGCCUGGCGACGGUGGCCACCGUCUACUGGCGCAGCAACGAGGAGAGCGUGCGCGGAGACAAGCCCCAGAGGGCGCGCGUCAUGGAGAGCCGGGGAGCCGCCGCCGCCGCCCGCGGGCCCGCCGCCUGCGCGCUCUGCACGCUGCCCGCAGCAUGCUUCAUUAAUCCUCACUACAGGUGA